AUGGCAUGGAAUCGUAACACACUUGAGCUGUACCCACAUGGUAUUGGUCAAGACUUCCCUGCAUUUUUGACCCAUCGGUCUGGAGUGGAUUGCCUUCUUCUGGGCAUGAUGCGCCCUCUUUUUGAUAAAGGCCUACGGCCUGGGGCCCUUGCAGACACCAUUCUGGAACUGCAUGCAAAGCGGUAUCAUCAGGAAUGUCUAAAACAUGAAUGGGGACUAGCAAAGACUGGCAAUGUUCAUCAGAAGCCUAUGCUUUCAGAAUUUGGGGACAAAACAAAGUACAAUGGAUUGGUCCCAAACGGAAGGUAUCUGAUGCACGUAUACAAGACCUUUCACAGUACCAUCAAGGACUUUCUCGACAACAAAGUAAAGAAAAGGGGCGCCAAAUUUGUUAGCGUUGAUGCCAGUUACAAAGAACCAAAACAUCUUUGUCAGUAUCAUGGGCAGAAUCUUUUUAAGGGACUGAUUACUAUCACCAACGAAAUUGGGGAAAUCCGGAUGCAAUUUCACGUUGUCACUGAUGAUCAUGAACAGUUUCGGCCGUCUCUGCUUGCUUUCUUGAAUGCAGUGAAAUCAUACGGCCAACAUGAUUUGGAGCUUGUGUUCACUGCCAAUGUACAUGCUGAUCGGCACUUUUACUUGGACACUUUUCCCUCUUUGUUGGAAGCUCAAGGUCGGCUUGAUAUUAUGGUGACGGAUAGAACAAUGCCCAAUGAAAAUGACAUCAAUAAAGAAAACACGUGCACAGUCGAUGACACUCAAAUUCGUGUGCUUUCAAGCAAAGGCGCUAUCAACGAGUUUAUCACAGCACUCAAAGAAAACAUCCAAGGCAAACCACCAGAGGAUCGAGUAAUAGGGCUUGAUGCAGAAUGGAAUGUCCUCACAGCAAGCCAUGGAAUGGGAAUGCGAACUGGAAAGCUUGCCCUACUAAUUUUGGCAUACAAAGACAGUGGCGGGCGUCAAAUGGCUGCUCUAUUGAGACUUCAUAAGCUCUCUUCACUUCCGGAUCGCAUGCUUCAUUUCUUGGUUGGAGGAACAAAGUUUGUUGGGAACCAUGUUGGUGGGGACAUUAGAAGACUAGGGCGUGACUAUAAAUGCGAAGAUGAGAUGAUGAAGGUUUUAAUAGUGAAUUUGGGGCAGUAUGCAAGAGAAAGAGAUGUUGUCCAGAGCGGCACUGUAAGAUUGGACGUUCUAGUUCAGAUUUGUUUAAAGGAAACCAUGAAGAAGCAAACUGCAGUUCGUGUCUCAAGCAAAUGGGAAGAUCCUUCAUUAUCACAAGACCAAAAGCAAUAUGCAGCACUGGACGGGAUCAAGUCACUUGAGGUUUAUCUCUACCUACGGGAGAAACCAGACCUUUCCCUCCGGCUAUCAGAGAAGGAAGCAAAAGUUGGUCUUUGCGUUGAUAUUGCACCACUUCGCGGAGGACCUACUAGUAUGGUUGCAACUAGGUGCGGAAGUGCCACAUUGACAGAACAAUCCUUUCGUGAAUGGGAAGUGCCAUCUGUGCCAUAUGUGAAGAAAGAAAGUGGUGAGCCUGUUUGUCUUGCUGACUUUGGGGCUCCUCCAUUCCUUGUCAUUCUACCUUUGACCAUGUUGAAGCAGCACAUUGAAUCUGAUGAUAUCCAAACUUUCCCAAAUAUGAACGAUGACACUGGAACAACAAGGACUACUACUCCACCAGCACCGCCGCAGUCACCGAGGACUGUGCAACACCAAGUGAUUAAUCAAGAUGAUACUUCCACAGAGGAGGAAGACAGUACUGGACCAACUGGAAUGGAUCUAUUGGAUAACAAUGCUGAUGCUGAAGCUGUUCAUUUAUCCAAUGAUGAUGUGACACUACUUCGCAAGGUGUGUCUUCUUGGCAAGGAAGCAGCUUUGAGACAUAACCUGUUGACUUGUGCACAUCUUGAACCGGCCCCAACUCCAGACACAAUCAAUGAUUGGUUUUCAGCUGUUGUUGGUGAUGCCUUCCAUGUAAUGGAUUGA